UCAAUAGUCAUGAUUCAGAUCGUCAUGAAGUCACUGGUCCUCUUAAUGUUGGUUUUUGGAACCGUAGCUGCAGAUGCCGAGGAAAAACGGCUUGAUGAUAUAAAGACAAAUCUUCAAAGAAAAAUCAAUGGAGCCGUUCACACUGACAACUUUGCAAAAGUUCUCCGUGAAAUAAGAGACGAUGAUGUUUAUGAAGUUCUUGGCCAACUUCCGUUGGAGGAUCGCAAGAAGCUUUGUGAGCUGAUGCCACCGAGUCGCAUCGUGGAAUAUUAUCAAAGGUUACCUGUCGAGGAUAGGAUAAAAGUUCAAUUUGAUUCAGAUGACGAGCUCCUUAAUGAUGAUGACAGGCUUGGAAAACUGGACGAGUUUCUUCGAACGUUACCAUACAAAGUACAAAGGGAAGUGAAUGACCAUUUCAACAAGACCAGCAUUCUAGAACUCUAUCAGGGCUUCCCGAUUCCCAAUAAUGAUUUCAGAUUUCUGGGAAGACAGACUGACGAAAUAAGGAAGACUCUUCAUGAUCGGGAAAAAAACGAACACCUCUAUAACAAUCUUGUUGUAUUACCAGUGGAUCAAAAACUGAGGAGGUGUAAAGACCUUAGUUUUGAAAAGCUCAGAGAUGUUCUUAAAGCUUCAAGUUAUCCAAUCGUAGAUGACUAUGACAUUGCGGGAAUAAUCUCAGCACUGAAAGCAGCGAUGUGCGCCGACAAUACUGACAAUAUCGAGAAAACAUAUUUUGAAGAUUUGGAGGAAACACAGGAAGACAACAAUACUGAGGGAACAGAGGAUGCAGAAUUGAAGGAAAAAGAGGAAGACAAUUCACCUUGGGACGAAGAAGGAAAUGGGUAUGAAGAACCUUUCUUCAAGCAGAUAAUAGAGAUCCAACUUGGACAGUCCAAGGGAAUAAACGUGGAACAGACACCAGAAAUACAAAAAUAAAUGAUCAGCUGGACACGAUGGUCUCCUGAUGUGAUGUCCUUGGACGUGUCCUUGUAAACUGACGUAAUAAACAUCUUGAUGACACAAAAACUGAA